CAUCAUGGCAACAACAGCUGCGGCAGCUCGCUAGCAGUAAUAGGAAGAGUGUAAAGCCGCGAGCCCGGCUGGUGGUAGAGCCACAGGGAGCGCGAGGACCGGCUACGGUGCGAGGCCGCGCACAGGCAUGAGGCUCCCCCGGCGGGGAGUGACUGGGCACUAGGGACCGUUGCAUAGUGACACAGUGACAGCGAGCGUACGCAAGACUGCUAGGUGUGCAGAAACUACAGACACGUACAACUGCGCGGGGCCCGGCAUGUUUCUACAUUUAUUGGGAAGACAUACAUGAUCUGUGUAUGUUUGUAGUGCUGUGCGCAGCCAGCUAUGUGUAUAUAAGGGCGCUUGUGUACGGGCAUAUAUCGGACUGAAGAACGUCUGUGUACACAUGUAGGCUCAUUAGUGGAUACACACACAUAGCCCGUCUAAAUAUAGUCCGGUCACGUUUAUUUUUAGCUGUGACACAAACAUUAGGUGCGUGUGCCGACGGCGGCGGACAGCAGACACGUCUCCCUGUCUGUAGCACUGAGGUACGGGGAGGGGAGCCCGGCCUCGAAACAUGUUCUCCCUGCGCCUGGUGACGGCGGAUUAUUACUUAGCUGCCCCACUACCCGGCCUGGAUGUCACCCGAUCCCACUUCAGAGACAGCCCUGUGCGGAGAAUACCGGUGGUGCGAGUGUUCGGUGCCACCCCCGCAGGUCAGAAGACUUGCCUACAUCUCCAUGGUAUCUUUCCUUACCUUUAUGUGCCAUACGAUGGCUUUGGGCAGCAGAAUCAGGAGCGUUAUCUCCGCCAGGUAGCAUUCAGCAUUGACAGAGCACUUAAUGUGGCUUUAGGAAAUCCAUCAUCCACUACACAGCAUGUGUUCAAGGUCACACUGGUCUCUGGAAUACCUUUCUAUGGAUAUCAUGAAAAGGAAAGGCAAUUUAUGAAGAUCUAUCUUUAUAACCCGGCAAUGGUGAAAAGAGUCAGCGAACUUUUACAAGGUGGAGGUGUCAUGAACAAGUGCUAUCAGCCACAUGAAGCCCAUGUCCCUUAUUUGCUUCAACUGUUUAUUGACUAUAAUUUAUAUGGAAUGAACUUAAUAAAUCUAGCAGCUGUGAAGUUCAGAAAGGCAUGCAGAAAAGGGGAUGGUUCGCAAGAUCCUAAGUUACAUAAAGAUACAACACCAGAGAAAUCAUUUAAUGGUACCUUUGCUCGCUGGGAGGAAGAUGAAAUUCCAAGUUCUUGUAUGUUGGAGGGUGUGGCGCCACAAAGUACCUGUGAACUGGAAGUGGAUGGUGUUGCAGCAGAUAUUUUAAAUCGGCAGGAAAUUGAAGCCCAAAUAGGAAAGAAUCCUGGUCUUCAAGCAAUAUGGGAAGAUGAAAAACUGCGUCGCAGAGAGAAAAGAGAGUCUUCUCAAAUUAGCCUACCUGAUUCACAAGAUCGUGGCUUUGUGGCUGUGACAGAAAGUGAAAAAAUCUUUCAGAAGAGACUUAAAGAAAUCCUUAAGCAAAAUGAUUUCUCUGUGACACUAUCAAAUUCAAUUGACUGCAGUAAUGUAUUUGAUGAAGAUUUGCCUGCAGAAUUGACACUGCAUUCUCAAUUUGAAUCACCAGAAGCAAUUCCUAGGACAUCAGCAAAUAUGGUUGAAGUGCACACAGAUCAGAAGCAAAACAUAAAGGACAGAAUUGAUGAUGGCCAGGCAGAAGCUGUUAUUGAUGAAGAAGCCAUUUUAAACAUCAUGGAAACUAGUCAAAACUUUCAGCAUUUGUCUCAAAGGCUGAGUCAGUCUCCAGUCUUCCUGGAUAAUAGUCAAGAUCAAGCCAUGAUCAAUUUGUUAGCUGGACUCGAGGAUGAUGGGUAUCAAAUGGAGAGGCCUAGACAUGCAUCACAGCACACAUUCUCCACAAAGUGCAACAUGCAGAACAGUGAUGAUGAAGAAAAUGAACCACGGGUGGAGAAGGAGGAGAUGGAACUUAGUAUAUUAAUGUCUCAAAGAUGGGACAGCAACACUGAAGAGAGUGAUACCAAAAGACACCUCAACAAGGAAUUGGAUGGAAGCUCAUCUGAAGAAGAGGAAUUAAUGGAUAAUGAAAUGGAAUGGAAUAGUAAUAAAUUGCUACUAGCAAACCUUUCUAUACCUCAGUUAGAUGGCACGGCAGAUGAGAACAGUGAUAGCCCACUGAAUAAUGAAAGUUCACUUACUCACUCUUCAGUGAUUGCAAAAAGCAAGUUAUCUAUGAAGACAUCAAUCUUCCAUAAAGAUGCUGCUUCUCUUGAACCACAAUCUUCUGCUAAAACAGCUUUUCAAUGUCAACACACAAGUGCCCUUUCAAGUCAUGUUUUUAAAAAAGAGUGUUUGAUAGAGGAAUUUUCAAAGUCAGCUGUAGAACAUGGAACUGAACUUUCUGCACAGUCAUUUCCAAAUAGCACUUAUAGUAUGGAAUACCCUAUACAUUUUGACAAUUCUAGACACACAGAAAUUCUUCCUAAUGAAAGAAGCAAAAAUGACACUGACUCUAUUUCAGCAAGUGACAAAAACAUCUAUGAAGAUGGAAUCUCUUCACUGAGUAGACAUGUGAACUCAAGGAAAUUCACCAGCAUUAGAAAAGUUGAUAAGGAGUCUUGUUUUUUGAAUAUAACACGCCAUAUAAAUGAUAAUUCAUCAGAAAGGAAUCUGCGGAACUUUACAGAGUUAAGUAGUAGCACUAAAAAAUCCAAUGAUGUAUUCAAUAAAUGCAGUAAUAACUCUAUAGGUUUUUUGCCUGGCACCUUAAAUGAAAGUUGUGACAUGGUACCAUAUUCAGAUAGCAGUAGAACCACAGUACGUACUUUAGAUAAUGAGAAUAAUGAAGGAAGCCUAAAUAAACAUAAGACACAAAAUGAAGAGUUACAGGAUGAGAAAACAGACACGACACAUUACAAGUUUUUUCCUAGUGUUGUUCUGUCAAAUUGUUUAAACCGCCAACAAAAAACUUCACCAACAACAUGCAAGAUUAAAGGGCCUAAGAAACAAUCAAGGCUGAAGUUAGCCAAAAAAAUCAAGGUUGAUGUUCGCAAAGAUCUCCCGCAUGAAAAAGAGAUUUGCCAUCAGGAAUCUGUAGGAUUACAUGAGAAAACAAACAAUGUAUUUAAUCAACCACCAGCAGCUGAAAAUGAUAAAAUGGAUUUUCUUGAUUAUGAAGAGUCUGUAGGUCGAGGUGAGAAUGCACUUGUAAAAGACAUCAGCUAUGCUCCUGGUAAUGCUUGUAGCAAAAGUCCUCCAGAUGUUGAUAGAGUUCCUUCCUGUGAUCUAGCUGUCAUAAUGGAUGAUGGUGCAUUUCAAAGAGAUAUGUGUGAUAUAAGUAGAUCUGAAUGCAACUUUCUUGUAGAAAAUACAGAAUGUGAUCCAUCUUUGGCACUUUAUGAAAAUAAAUAUACUUUAAGGACAAAACGAAAAGCUAAUUUGGAAAGUGAAGAUGGAGAAUCUGGCUUGGAAGCACAAAAUUCCAAACUAAGUUUACCUCACCCCUCAGAAUUAAUCGAAGAUGUGGUAAAUCCUCAAAAGGUGCGCAAGCGAAGAAAAACUUCAAGUAAGCAACCUCCUGUAAUUAUUAAAUAUAUAAUAAUAAACCGAUUUAAAGGCAGAAAAAACAUGCAAGUAAAAAUAGGAAGGCUAGAUCACACUGAAGAGAAUGUGAAAUUAACAGAAGAUAAGAUUCAACAGUAUAGUAAAAUAGCACCUUUAAAAGAUUUCUGGCCCAAAGUGCCAGAUUCUCCUGCAACCAAAUUUCCAAUAUUUCCAAUAACACCAAAGAAGAGCUACAAAAAGAAGUCUAAACAGAAAUCUGCAAAGAAGAAGCCUGGAAGACUUCCAAAGAUGGAGAGUAACAUCUUAAAACAAAAUGUACUUGUAAGGAGAAGGAAGAUACACUCUUUUCUUUCUCUUCCAAAUCCUUCAUAUAAUACGGAAACUGAUGAUUGUGAUACAGAGUAUAAGGAUGUUAUGUCAAAACUAGGCUUUCUUUUGGAAAGAAGCCCAAGCCCAUUACAGAUGUCUCCUCCGCGGUGCUGGUCACCUACUGAUCCAAAAGCAGAUGAAAUUAUGACCACUUCAGUAGAUGAGACUCCACUGUUUAAAUGUUCUUUCGUAGGAGAUAGUAAGAGAGAAGGUUUAAAUUUGUUUAAAAACCGUGAGAGGAGAACUCAAGCAAACAAGUCUAAGAAAAAGGCUGUGAUAAGUCCCAUAGCAGUAGCAAAGCAAGGAAACAAAGUAGGCCAGCUUAAAAUGGGCGAGGGAAAGAAAAGGGGAAAAUCACAACAGAAAAAAAAUGAAAAAGGGCAAAGGAAGCUCACUAAAAUUAAAGAUCGGGAUAAGAAUACAAAUGCUUAUCUGGAUGACUCAGAAACAACUGCACUUCAAAGCGAAGAGCUUCAGUCUAUGAACCAAUUUGAACUGCCCUUUUCUGGAUAUUCAACUGGGCAUCUUCCUUCUACACAACUACCCUCAUCAGGCACGCAAGAGAAUUCCUCAAGUUCUUUCAAAUCUGGAACAGGCACACCAUGUUCGAUGCAUUUUCAGCACAACUCUGUAAGUCAGAAAGACAUGAAUUCCUCUUUGACACCUAUAUCAAUAAGCCCAGUAGUUGAAUCCUUCAAAAUAAGUCCAUCUAGGUCACAAUGCCCUAAUUUAUUUCAAAAUAAAGAGCUUAAAGCUAAAAAUAAGACACUUAAUUCAUUAACUCGUACAUCUCAGGUUAUACAAAAUGCACAAUUCACUUUUAGUAAUACACCUAAAAGUAUAGAAGAUCCUACAGAGGUUCAAAAAAGACUUUCAGCAUCUCUUGGAAAGUUACAUGAAAUUCAGGGUUCAGACUUGCAUCAUUUUGAUAAUUUCCAGUCAAAGAUUUUCCCAUGUACUUCUAACCAGCAGCAAACCACAUGUUUACCUGAUUCAGCUAAGGAUUCUGAUCCCAAGUCAUCUAUAAUGUAUUCAGAGAAUGGUCAUGAGGCAUUUCAGUCUCCUAGGCAAGGUUUGGUAACCUCUCUAAGGAGUCCUGAAAAAAUAUCUCCUUGUGAACAAAAAGAAACAGGAGAUAUUGAAACAACUCGGAAAAAUAGUCCAAAUUGUGGAGCUGAUGCAUUUAGAUGCUCAAAAGCUCUUCAGAAUCAUUUUAAAUCUGAUGCUCCACAAGGAAUAUUUGAUGGGCCAUCUGGAAUAGCUGUUUUAAAGGAAUUACUUCAUAAAAAACAACAAGCAAAAAUAGUAGACUCCACUAAUAAGUUAAAGGGAAAUUUAUCUUCUUCGGCAGAAACAAAAACUAAACGUAAAUUAGCAUCCUGUAAAAAGCCAAGGGCUCCAAGAAACACAAAAUCUAAAACAGCUAAGAAUGUGAAGGAGACGUUAAUAAAGAAAAGCCCUGCAUCUGAUGGAAGUCCUGGGAUCUUCUCUGACCCUGGUUUUGAAAGCUGCUACUCACUUGAAGACAGCUUGUCUCCUGAGCAUAGCUACAAUUUUGAUAUUAAUUCUGUGGGACAAACUGGUCUUUGUAGUUUAUACUCAGGCAGUCAGUUUAUAGCAGCAGACCCAAACUUACCCCAGAAGUUAUUGAGUGAUGCUUUUCCUUGCCAUAGUCUUGAAAAUGAGCAUGUAAAUCAUGACUAUCCACUAUGUGAACUUAAAAAAGUGCGUAAAUUAGAACAGCCUUUGCUUAAAAGACCAAAUUCACUUAGCCCUGAUCUAUUUGAAAAAUCCCCUCAUGAUACUAAACAGAACCCUCUUAGUCAGUGGAAAAAUAAUUUACAUCCACAUGCAUCUUCAAUUGGUGGACUUAAUAAACGAGAAUCAGAAAAUUGUUUAGCUAAAAUAUGUAGGCAAAGUAAAAAAGGAGCAAAAAAAGAAUCAAUAUAUAAUUCAAGUGAUCAAACUUGGAUCCAAUCUGAAGGGUUCAAGGAACUUGACUCAAAUUCUUCCUUUACGGAACUUUUACCUUCACCAGAUGGUGACCUUGUUUCAGAAGAUAUAGAAUUGUAUAUAUCAAGACAACAUGAUGAGCUAACACCAUCACCUAACAGUUCACCAAGAUCCGUCAGUUCCUUAUCUCAGUCAAAAACUGGAAAUGCUACUCCAAGGGCUAUUCAUAUUCUAAAACCUCUGAUGUCGCCACCUAGUCGGGAAGAAAUUAUGGCAACUUUAUUGGAUCAUGACCUUAUGGAGACUAUUUAUCAAGAACCUUUUUGCAGCAAUCCUUCUGAUGCACCAGAAAAACCAAGAGAGAUUGGAGGAAGAGUGCUCACGGUAGAAACCAAAUUGCCACACAAUCUUCCUGAAUUUGAAGGGGACUUCUCAAUGGAAGGUUUGAGGCUAUGGAAGACCGCCUUUUCUGCAAUGACGCAGAAUCCUAAACCAAUACCUCCUCCAGAUCAGAUGAAUAAAUUGAUAAGUGACCUAGAGAAGAAGAUCAGGACAAAUUCUGAAGAUAAGAAGCUCAUAAUCAUGCCUUGUAAAAGUGCCCCCGACCCUCAGAGAGUUCAGCUGUGGCUUCAAGCCAAAGAGCUGUAUGAAGCUUACAAGACACCAUGCAAAGAUCUUUUAAAUACAGAAAUAAAUGACAGUAAGAAUUGCAAGGCAGCAACUGUACUUAAUCGCUGUAAUAGCUUGCCUCCAAAUGAAAUCCCUGUUUUACUAGCUCAGCCAGCAGGCUCCGAUGAUCAACUGGCUAGUACAAAUAGCUUAGAGAUUCACUUAGCUAGUCGUCCUCCUGCUCUUGAUACUACAGACUGCAAACCAAUUGAAUGUGGGAUUGAUUUUCUUCCUGGUACAGACGAUACUGAACCAAGUAGUAGGACUAAUGAAAAUGAAGAAAUGGAUAAUUACAUUUCACCAGGUUCUCCAGUGCUGCCUUCCUGGCAACAUCCUGUAUCUCCUGAAUGCAAACCUCGUGUUGGAGAUAAUACAGACUUAAAAAAUGAAGAUACUCUCUUUCCUCCAGUGGUGUGCAGUACAGAUGAUUUUAAGGAGGUUGCAGAUAAAGUGAAGAAUGAAGUGAAAGGGUGCUCUCCCACUACUCCUAAUCAUUUCAAACAGGGCAAGCACAAAUCUAAAUAUGCCUGCAUGCAUAGUACCCCUAUCACAGAAAGAAGUCACUGUGAUGAGUCACCUGACGGGCUCUCCUGUACUCCUGUGACCUCAGAACAAAGAGUGCAAAAAAUGAGUAAGAAGAGAGGAGCUAACCCAGAUAAACUAAGACGGGUUCUUCUAACUACACAGAUGAAGAAUCAGUUUUCUGCAAUGACUCAUGUGAAAAAAGAAACCUCUCAGAUCGAAGGGCCAUCAUUAAACAAUUCAUAUGGCUUCAAAGUCAGUGUUCAGAAUCUCCAAGAAGCAAAAGCUUUACAUGAGGUUCAGCACCUUACACUCAUUAGUAUGGAGUUGCACGCAAGAACUCGACGUGAUUUGGAACCAGAUCCUGAAUUUGAUCCCAUUUGUGCUUUAUUCUACUGCAUCUCUUCAGACUAUGCACUGCCUAAUGUUGACAAAGCAGAAAUUACUGGUGCAAUUGUAAUUCAUCAGAACCAUGGGACAAGUGAAGGUAGUAGGCAACAUGCCCCAUUGCUUACCAGGUCUGGCGUUACAGGCUUCCAUGUCACAUAUGCUGCAGAUGAGAAAGAGCUCUUUGAGAAACUCCUAGAAUUAAUCAGAAGGUAUAAUCCAGAUAUUUUAUUAGGAUAUGAAGUCCAGAUGCACUCUUGGGGUUAUCUCUUACAACGGGCAUCUGCUUUGAAUGUAGAUCUGUGCCAACAAAUGUCCAGAAUACCUGAUGAUAAGAAUGAAAACAGAUUUACAUCAGAUAAGGAUGAAUAUGGUGCAGACACAAUGAGUGAAAUAAAUAUAGUUGGGCGAAUUGUAUUAAACGUCUGGAGGAUGAUGAGAAGUGAGGUGGCUCUGACUAACUAUACUUUUGAAAACGUUGCCUUCCAUGUUCUUCAUCAGCGAUUUCCAUUAUUUACUUUUCGAACAUUGUCUGAUUGGUUUGACAAUAAAACAGAUGUUUACAGGUGGAGAAUGACUGAUUUUUAUAUCAGCCGUGUGCAUGGAACUCUACAGUUGUUAGAACAGCUGGAUUUAAUUGGCAGAACUAGUGAACUGGCAAGACUUUUUGGGAUUCAGUUUUUACAUGUCUUAACUAGAGGGUCACAGUACCGUGUGGAAUCAAUGAUGCUUCGUAUUGCCAAGCCAAUGAAUUACAUCCCUGUCACUCCCAGUGCCCAACAACGGUCUCAAAUGAGAGCCCCUCAGUGUAUUCCUCUUGUGAUGGAACCAGAGUCAAAAUUCUACAGCAAUUCCAUUUUAGUUUUGGAUUUUCAGUCAUUGUACCCAUCCAUUGUAAUAGCUUAUAACUAUUGUUACUCUACUUGCCUUGGAAACAUGGAAUACCUUGGAAAGAAUGACGAAUUCAAAUUUGGCUGCACAUCUCUGCGCAUCCCUCCAGAUCUACUGUACCAGACCCGGCAUGAUAUUACAAUAUCUCCAAAUGGAAUUGCUUUUGUUAAGGCUUCUGUGAGAAAAGGGGUGUUACCGAGAAUGCUUGAAGAAAUCUUAAAGACGAGAAUAAUGGUGAAACAGUCAAUGAAACAGUAUAAACAUGACAAAUCUUUAACACGACUGUUGGAUGCACGUCAGCUAGGUCUCAAGCUUAUUGCCAAUGUUACUUUUGGCUAUACCGCUGCUAACUUCUCUGGACGAAUGCCUUGUGUAGAGAUUGGAGACAGUAUUAUCCAUAAGGCUCGGGAGACUUUGGAGCGUGCUAUAAAGCUGGUUAACGACACAAAGAAGUGGGGAGCAAGAGUUGUAUACGGCGACACAGACAGCAUGUUUGUGCUGUUGAAAGGAGCCACAAAGGAGCAGUCUUUCAAGAUUGGCCAAGAAAUUGCAGAGGCUGUAACUGCCACCAAUCCAAAGCCAGUAAAACUUAAGUUUGAAAAGGUAUAUCUGCCUUGUGUUUUACAAACCAAGAAGAGAUAUGUUGGUUACAUGUAUGAAACUUUGGACCAAAAAGAUCCAGUAUUUGAUGCUAAAGGAAUAGAAACUGUUCGGAGAGAUGCAUGCCCUGCUGUGGGCAAGAUACUUGAAAGGUCCAUCAAGCUGCUAUUUGAAACAAGAGAUAUAAGUCAAAUAAAACAGUAUGUGCAGAGACAAUGUUUAAAGCUUGUGGAAGGUAAAGCCAGUAUGCAGGAUCUUAUUUUUGCCAAGGAGUACAGAGGGAGUUUUGCUUACAGACCAGGAGCCUGUGUCCCAGCAUUAGAACUUACAAGGAAGAUGGUGGCCUAUGACCGACGUUCUGAACCCCGUGUUGGGGAGAGAGUUCCUUAUGUUAUAGUGUACGGAACACCUGGCGUGCCUCUCAUUCAGCUAGUCCGACGACCCAUUGAUGUUCUUCAGGAUCAUAAUUUGAGAUUAAAUGCAACAUAUUACAUCACUAAACAAAUACUGCCACCUCUAAACAGAAUUUUUUCAUUGAUCGGAGUUGAUGUUUUCAGUUGGUACGAUGAAUUACCCAGGAUUCAGAAGGCUUUCACAAGUGCGCGAAAUGAGCAGGAUGGAAGAAAGGGUACAAUCUCACAGUAUUUCACAACUUUACAUUGUCCAAUAUGUGAUGAACUAACUCAGCAUGGAAUCUGUAGCAAGUGCAGAAGCCAACCCCAGCAUGUGGCAGUGAUUCUUAAUCAGGAAGUGAGAGAAUCUGAACAACGACAAGACCAACUAGUCAAGUUAUGCAAGAAUUGCACAGGUUGCAGCGAUCAACAAAUCCAAUGUGUUUCCCUCAACUGUCCAGUACUUUUCAAGCUUUCCAGAGUUGGUCGGGAAUUGUCAAAGGCUCCCUAUCUACGUCAGCUUCUAGAACAGUUUUGAUUUUUUUUUUUAUUUUUUUUUUUUGUAAGAUUACUGGUGCUAUUUUUUAGUGUUGAAUCACACUACAACCUAUUGUGCAUGGUGCUGUUUUGAAUUACAUUGUUUUAAUUAUUUUUAUUAUUGGUUUAAUAAGACUGUUUUUCAAACUUUCAAGCACUUGCUAUCUCCAUCAGUGCUGGGAUUAGACUUCAUAUUGUUUUAUCUUUUUAUGAUGUACAAAGUACUUUCUUUUUCAUUCACCUUUGUAACAUACUGUUUUAUAUCACAGAUGUUUGAACUAGAUAGAGAAAUCAUACUGUAAAUUCAUUUCUUAAAAUAAUAGCUUUGAUUACUUUCUGGCUUACAGCUACGGAAGGAGCACUGAGGUCACGGAAUUAUUAUUACUAAAAUACAUCCAUAUAAGAACUAUCUCUUCAAGCCUAAAGCGUCCAUUUUCUUUAUAAGUUUAUUUUGCAAAAUAUUUUGUAAAUAUACCUUUUUUUACUUUUGAAACAACCGAGUAAAAUAAUGUGCAAUGUAUUUUAUACAAAUGAUUUGGAAGUUGGUAGGUAUAUUUCCUUCAAAGUUUUACUCCAUCCAGAUGAUUUUUUUUAUUGGACUGUGCAAAUAGUAUUUCUGUUUAACAUUUCAGGCGUCCAUUUCAUAAAGAAAAGAAGCAAAAUUAUUUAAAAAAAAGAAAGUCUUGUUUUAGCUAUUAAUGGGGCAUUGUGAGGAACUGUGCAAAGACAUUUUUGUUUAAAAAAAAACAAACAAAAAAAACUGUGGGACUGUUGCAAUACUUUAAAUUUAAGAUUUAUUACAUUUUGCUUGUUUUGUAUAGACAUUUCUAUGGUUUUUAAAUAUGCUUAAAAUAUUUUUUUUCUUUCCUUAUGUACAGUUAAAUCUUAUUUGCCAUCACCCUGAACACAACAUUGUAUUUAGACUAUUUGUAUAACUGUAUUAUACUAAAGAAGGAAUUAUGUUGUCAGUGUAUCGUUUUUCUAAACUGGAAAUCAUUUUGUUUGAAAAUUUAAAAAUGGAAACAAUAUUAAAAAUUAAUAAAAUAUGUAAUAUGGAAA